UGAUGUGAAGAAUCGAAGUUUUAUUUAAUUUAAAUGUAAAUAAAUCAAGAAAUGGCUACUCCAUCGGGGUCAGGGAAAAAUAGAGGACCCAUUGUGGACCCUGGACUGUGCCGUUGUUGUAGGUCUAUUAAAAAAUGCCGACUUUUGACCGCAGAAUACUUGUGGAAUGGCGAGAAGGAAAUUUACUCAGAUAUGUUUAUGGACUGCUUCGGUUUAUUGCUGUCUCACCUGGACGGGGACAGCAAGGAGUGCUGCAUAUGCGCGGCGUGCGUGUCGCGACUGCGCGACGCCUGCGCCUUCCGUCGGCAGGCGCUGCAGAGCGAAGAGGUGUUCCUGAGCGCCCGGCUUGAGACCAAGCAAGGUCUAGACAGCAAGAUACUGCUGGAGGUGAAACAGGAACCGCCGGCAGAUGACAACGACUCGAUGGGCGCUGACGACGUGGGCAUGGGCGAACCCGACCUCGAAGAGCAAGACCCCAAGUCGGAGCCUUCGCCCUCGGACGCCUCGGACGCGGACUACAAGCCGCGCCGCAACAAGAAGCCCGGGCGACGGCAGCUGCUCGCCAAGAUGAACAAGCUGAGAGACAAGCUGGACCACAUGAUGAGCGCUACAGGUAAAAAAAACUAG